AUGGCUGAACUGCCACCAGCCGCAGCCUGCAACACUCGAUCAUCCAUCCAUCUGAUAUGGGUGCCAUCAUGGUCAUGGAUGGGCCCCCAUCAUCCCAUCACUCAUCACACACACUGGCGUUUUGACAUGUUGACAACUGGCACUGGCGCAUCGAUAUCUGCGAAGAGUCCAAACCAGAGUCCCAGAGUCUGUCUCUGCGUACCUCGUUUUGAUCUACCCGGUGGGCAAUCAAAACGCCCAAACGAAAGCGAGAUCAAGUACGCCCCUUCUGUCGAUGGGCGUCAACUCUACGCAGAGCAGCGCAACCACAUUUCGCCAUUCGCGGAAAAGAGUCAGGCUCGAUAUGCUUUCGAUCCCCACCUCGAGCCUCGAGCCGAUCGGUACGGUAUCCCCAGUAUGCCUGUCAAAGGCUCAGACGGCCUUGUUCGCGAUGGCGAUGGCAAGACCUGCCGAUCCACACCUGCCCCCGUCGUCCCCCCUCGCUCACUUCCAAUUCCAAUUCCAAAACCGAAUCGCCCACCCGCUGACUCAACGAGACGCCAGCCCCAGGCUAGUCUUCCUUCGUCUCCCGCAUCAAAACUCGAGCCAAGGGCAUACCGCAUCCCUUACGACAGACUCGAGGUACGCUCGUCCGAUCGUAUCAUAUCGUAUUAUAUCGCAUCAUAUCGUAUCAUCAUGAGUAUCAACCCCCGCUGUACCGACAAGUAG